UAUUAUGUGGUGAGUGCUUACGUAAAUUCUUCGGAUCCUCCACGCUACCCGCAUCGGCUUAUGCACUCAAUAGACACCAAUUUCAAGGCGAACGACAGGAGUUCCAUAUUACCAUUUACCAAAACAACAAAUACCCAACCAAACAUGGUGUCCGGAGCGCCCAAGGAUCCCAGGGAAGAAGUCAUCCAAGCAUGGUACAUGGAUGACAGCAAUGAGGAUCAGAGACUUCUUCAUCAUAAGGAUCCUAAAGAAUUUGUGUCACUGGAGAAACUUGAUGAACUUGGGGUUGUCAGUUGGAGGCUGGAUGCUGACAACUAUGAAACCGACGAGGAUUUGAAGAAAAUUCGUGAAGCUCGUGGCUAUUCCUACAUGGACUUUUGUGAGGUUUGCCCCGAAAAGCUUCCAAAUUAUGAUGAGAAGAUCAAGCAUUUCUAUGAGGAACAUCUGCACACUGAUGAAGAGAUCCGAUAUUGCGUAGCUGGAAGUGGGUAUUUUGAUGUGAGAGAUUUUGAUGAGAAAUGGAUACGCAUAUGGGUGAAGAAAGGUGCUAUGAUUGUAUUGCCUGCAGGAAUAUACCAUCGGUUUACUCUGGAUUCAGAUAAUUAUAUCAAGGCCAUGCGGCUGUUUGUUGGUGAUCCAGUUUGGACGCCCCAUAACCGCCCCAACGAUGAGCUUCCUGCAAGGAAGGAGUAUGUGGAGAACUUUGUUAAGAAGGGAACUUCUGAAAAGGCUGUUGACGCUGCAGCAUAAACAACAUGCUAUAGACAGAUGUAAAGACCUUAAGAGACUGUUGAUUAUCUGCAAUACAAUAAUAUGUGCCAAUGGAUGUUGUAUAACUCUGGUUUGCUUCUUGAUUACAUAUGCAUGUAUAGGUUGUUUAUGAUGGUGUUAUGUAGCCAGUAACAAUUGUGUGAGACGGGUGUAUGAUAAGACAAUUAUGGGGUGACCAUUCCUAAGAUAUAGGGUAAUAAGUUGUCUUAUGCCAGGAUUUAUUUCUCCA